CGAGAAGCACUCACCAGAAACCAAAGAAAAAAGUUCGUCUUUUUCGUUCCUCUUUUCCCGGAAGAGAAGAGAGAGUCCAACAGCGAAGAGGGAGAGAGAGCGGGGGGAGUGCUAUGGGGGAGCAACGGAGGAAGAAGGAGAUACACUUGUUCUACUGCGCCGAAUCCGAGGACCUCGCCCGCAAGGUCGCUGACAAGUCCGACGCCAUCCACCUGCAGUCCAUCUCCUGGAGGAGCUUUGAUGAUGGAUUCCCUAAUCUUUUCAUCAACAAUGCUCAUGACAUAAGAGGACAGCAUGUUGCAUUUCUAGCGUCUUUCAGCUCUCCUGGAGUGAUUUUUGAGCAGAUAUCAGCAAUAUUUGCAUUGCCAAAGCUAUUCAUUGCCUCCUUUACCUUGGUCUUGCCAUUUUUCCCAACUGGUUCUUUUGAGCGAAUGGAAGAAGAAGGCGAUGUUGCCACUGCAUUCACUAUGGCACGAAUUUUGUCAAUGAUACCCAAAUCUAGGGGUGGUCCUACAAGCUUAGUAAUCUAUGACAUACAUGCUUUGCAGGAAAGGUUUUACUUUGGUGAUGAUGUCCUGCCUUGCUUCGAAACUGGGAUACCAUUGUCACUAUAG